CCAUGGGUGCUGUCUCCACAGGUCUGGGCGAGCUCCCCUCCGUCAACCUGCUGGAGUACACGGAGGAUGGGGUGCGGCUGGUGUGCGACUCUCAGCGCUGGUACCCGCAGCCCACGGUGGUGUGGAGGCUGCGCCACGGCGGGGAGGUGUCCCGGCAGCCCGUAACCACGAGCGAGCAGAACGCCAAGAGUUUCUUCAGCGUGAAGAGCAUCGUGGAGGUGACGACCCACAGUGGCAGCGAUUACCAGUGCCUGAUAACCGGAGCGGACGCCAAGCAGAGUGUCUCCACCGACUUCCACGUCCCAGAUGAGUUCUUCCCUCGGACGUCCAAGUGGAUGGGCGGAUUUGUGGUCAUUUUCCUGGCCGUUGCGGCAUCGCUUGUUGGACUGGGGCUCCUGAACCGCUGGCUGCAGCGCCACAUACGAGAUCUGGAGAAGCGGCCGACAAGCAGCGAAUACCAGCGUCUGCAGAUGAAGCAAGAGGCUCUGAAGAAGGAACUGGAUACAUUGCAUGAUGAUCUGGGAAGGAUUCGGAUUCUCCCCACAGCUGGCAUGGACAGAAUCAGAAACGCGGCUGUUGCUGUGACCCUGGACCCCAACACUGCCCACCCGAUGCUCCAGGUAUCACCUGACCUGGUCACGGUGCGCUGUGUUAAGGGGCGGGCGAUCACUUUUGUAGACAGAGCGGUUUCGGAGCCCGUCCUCUCAGUGAUGGGGAAGCCACCUCUCAGAGAUGAGGAAGGGAUCACCUCUGGCCGGUGCUACUGGGUGGUGGAGGUGGGAAGCAACUCUGAAUGGGACCUGGGAGUUGCCUCCAACGAUGCAGAGAAGAGGUCCAGGACCACGCUGAGACCCGAGGGAGGGGUCUGGUCCAUCAGGUGCCACCAGAAGGUGUUCAGGGUCAACGACGCCAAUUCCAAGCGGAUCUCCAUCCACCCAGCCACCCAGGAGAAGAUCCAGAUGAUCGGCGUAUAUGUUGACUAUGACGAGGGCAAGGUCCUGUUCUGUGAUGACAGCACUGGCUCUCACCUCCACUCCUUCAGCGAUUGGACGUUCAAGGGUGGGCUCCUCCCCUUCUUCAACGUAUCUGCUUCAGGGAACGCACUGACGAUUUGUCCAGUUGUCCAUGUUGCAUGAAUCCGAGUUCAUUGUCCAGUUGUCCAUGUGGCAUGAGUCCGAGUUCAUUGUCCAGUUGUCCAUGUUGCAUGAGUCCUAGUUCAUUGUCCAGUUGUCCAUGUUGCAUGAGUCCGAGUUCAUUGUCCAGUUGUCCAGGCUGCAUGAGUCCUAGUUGCCCUGGCAUCGAGUGUCCUCUUACAAGUUAAUAUCACCAGCAACUUGUCCCAGAUCAGCCACAUCGAAGCAACGACCAAGAAAGCAAACCAACGCCUCUACUUCCUGAGAAGGCUUAGGAGUUUCAGCAUGUCCCCAACAACU